CUCAAGGUUGGACCAGCGAUUCUUUUUGGAGGCAGUACCCAAACUACAUAGUCUAGUCUGGUUUUAGGGCAUAGAGUAGCCAGUAGGCGUAUUCAGCAAAGAGCCUGAACACUGUGGUUGAGUAUCAGAAACGAAUGAGUGCAGUUUGUGACUAUUUCUAGACAGUUGCUGCAAGCUUUUAAUAACAAUGUGCCAUCUGUGUUUUUCUUAUAUCUUCACAAUAGCAGUGGACAUAUCCCUCAGGAGAGGGCAGACAGUUUGCCGGGGUGGAACGCAGAAACCAUGCUACAAAAUAGUUUAUUUUCAUGAUGCUUCACGCAGGAUCAGCUAUGAAGAAGCACAUCUUGCCUGCAGAGCUGAUGGUGGACAUCUAGUCAGUAUUGAAACAGAAGCAGAGCAAAGACUGAUGGAAAAAUUUAUUGAGAGUCUCUUAGCUUCUGAUGGAGAUUUUUGGAUAGGGCUUAGGAGGAAAAAGGAGGAGGUGGACAAUGGUACAGAGUGUCAGAACCUCUACUCUUGGUCAGAUGGCAGCUCAUCCAAGUUCCGGAACUGGUAUGAUGAUGAGCCAUCCUGUGGGAGUGAAAUCUGUGUUGUGAUGUACCACCAGCCAUCUGCCCCACCAGGUGUUGGAGGUCCUUACAUGUUUCAAUGGAACGAUGACAGAUGCAACAUGAAAAAUAACUUCAUUUGCAAAUAUUCUCUGGAGAAGCCAACAAGUGCUCCAACAGAGAAUUCUCAAGAAGAUGUUGCAACAGCACCCUUGAGCCCAGGAUUCCCAGAAGAACGCCAUAAGAAAAGUGCUAAUAUAACAAUUGUAGAAACCAAAGAACCUCUUCAGAGUCUUGCCUACAUCCUUAUUCCCAGCAUCCCUGUGCUGCUUCUCCUGAUGGUCAUUACAGCCAUCUUCUGGUUUUGGCUCUUUGUGAAGAGGAGACGAGAGCAAAUAGAUGCAAGCCCAAAGGAGGAGGACAUGUGGCUGGCUAACCCCAGGAGGAACAGUCCAAAUCUGGAUAUUUACAAAGUAAUCAAAAAGCAAUCAGAAGCAGAUCUGGCUGGAACCAGGCCUGACUCUAAGAAUUAUUCCUUCCGUGCACAGGAAGAUAAAGCGCUUGACAGCCUUUCCAGGGAUUAUGAUGAUGCAGCCAUGAAUACAUCAACGAGUGGCUUUGUGACACUGGCCAGUACUGAAAGUGGUUUUGUGACCAAUGAUAUCUAUGAGCUGUGUGGAGAUCGUGUAGGGACGAGCAAGGAAUCAGCUUGGGUGGAGAAUGAGAUUUAUGGAUAUUAAGGAAUUGGACAAAAAAGCCUUGCAAUAGGGAUGACAAAGUGGCUAUCAGUACAAGUUUACUUGCCUUCCCUAUGCACUUUUGAAAAUAAUAGUACAUGUGAUGUUGAUCCUGGUUUUGCAUUGUCCCUGUAUAAUUUUCUUUUUAAAGAAUCUAUCUGUUGCAAACAUGAAAAUACUUUGUUAAGUUCCCACAACUGCUUCUCUCACUUUCUAAAUGUUGUAGGUGAGGCUGAUGUUCACAGUGGCUCUGUCCUGUAUGUCUGCAGCAUCACAGUGUUUGCCAAUCCCACUUGGUUCCUCCACCAGACAGUGGUGCAAGAUGGAGCCUUGAAAAAAGUAAAAAAACCCAAACAAAACAAAAAAAACUUCUACCUGGUUUGAAAAUGACACCCAGUUAGCAACGAUUGCUCCUGAAAAGCAAAACCCUGGUAGAGGAGAGUGGUCAUUGCUGGGCAACUGCAAUGUCUGGGGUUUCCAAUGCAAUAAUUAGUGUUCUUUUAUCAAGAAAUUGUGUGGUUUUUGA